AGUGCUGACUGAGUCAAAUGCGCGUAAAAGUUGUCCACUCCUCCUGCUCGUCCAUGAGCUCAUUUGGCUCCAGAUAUAAACACAGAGUUGUGUCCGUCCCCGCUGCGCUCCUCGGUCUCUUCACAACCAGCAGGCAGUUUGCUCCAACAGGCCGACCGACAGAAAGCAAGCAGGAGGGGACGAUCUCUGGCACAUUCCCCAGGAUGGAGGAUUCUCCAGGAUCCAAGCCAUCAGUGGCUGAGCUGGCUGGAAGGUUCAAAGGUCACAUUCUACCAAUGCCCACCUCAAAUAACGAGUUGUCAUUUCGAAGAAGACCUCCAUGUUCCCUAAAGUUGCAAAGUCAAAAAGAUGAUGAUGAAGAAUCAGAUCAGAAAUCUAUUGUCUCACCAAAUCCCUUUAAAAUCAAGAUGAAGAACUCCUCCAUCAUUGAGAAACUUCAGGCCAAUCUUGCCUUGUCACCCACUGCUCUGCUGCCUUCACCCAAGAGUCCCGAGGCCAAGCUCCAGCCAGCACCGUUGUCCCCGACCACACCCGGGAGCCCGCAAAGCCCCCUGAGCCCCACCCUGCGGCCCUCACAUCUGUCCAGUGAAGAGGAGGACCCAAUCAGCUUUGACAGCCCUCCUGAAGGCACCCCGCUGCCGAGCAUCAACAAGACUCGUGCACGGCUAUCCUUCAAAAGGCGCCCGCCCACGAGACAGCACAGGAGGUCAGCUGGAGAGGAGAGACCCUCUGGGAUUGCUCUGUCUCCAUGUGAACUGUACAGCCCAAAAGAAAAUGGGGACACGGACCAGGUCUUUGAUUAUGGACCGCUGGAAAAUCUGAAAGAAGCUGAAGAGCAGGACAAGGACUGUGAAAAAACAGAGGAUGAGGUAGCAAGUGACACAGAUGACAGCGGAGAUCCAGAGAAGGAGCCGGGAGCACAACAAGCCCAGAACUUUGAGGCUUCGGAGGAGGAACAGCAGCCUUCAGAGCCAUGCACUGGCCGGCAGAUGGAGGGCAAUGUUGAAACCAAGGGGAACGAGGAGAUGCCUCGGGACGAGCACCAAGGAGGAAAUGACACGGUGUGAACUGUGAAUGUUUUCUUUAAGAAAAAAAUAUGAAUAAGUUAUUCAGCGCUUUGAUUAAGAGAACUCUUAAAAUAACUCCUCAGAAAAAGUUCAUUGGUUUUAAAUUUCUUGGUACCUGAUCUUUUUAAGGCCCUGUAUCGCCCUCUCCUGGCCGUUUCCCUGAACAGGUCUAUAAACAC